GGGAGGUGCUGACCCGGAUGUUCACUCCUGGGCACCCGGGGAAGUGGAAGCGCCGGGCCCUGCUGCGGGGGGGAGAGCCACAGACGCCGGGACCGGGACCGCCGCCGCCGCCGCCACAAUGAGCGAUCAGCAGCUGGACUGCGCCCUGGACUUGAUGAGGCGCCUGCCUCCUCAGCAGAUCGAGAAGAACCUCAGCGACCUGAUAGACCUGGUCCCCAGUCUGUGUGAAGAUCUCCUGUCUUCUGUUGACCAACCACUGAAAAUCGCCAGAGACAAGGUGGUGGGAAAGGAUUACCUUUUGUGUGACUACAACAGAGAUGGGGACUCCUAUAGGUCACCGUGGAGUAACAAGUAUGACCCUCCUUUGGAAGAUGGGGCCAUGCCCUCUGCUCGGCUGAGGAAGCUGGAGGUGGAAGCCAACAAUGCCUUUGACCAGUACCGAGACCUGUAUUUUGAAGGCGGUGUCUCAUCUGUCUACCUCUGGGAUCUGGAUCAUGGUUUUGCUGGCGUGAUCCUCGUAAAGAAGGCUGGAGACGGCUCGAAGAAGAUCAAAGGCUGCUGGGACUCCAUCCACGUGGUGGAGGUGCAGGAGAAGUCCAGUGGUCGCACCGCCCAUUACAAGCUGACCUCCACGGUGAUGCUGUGGCUGCAGACCAACAAAUCUGGCUCUGGCACCAUGAACCUCGGCGGCAGCCUUACUAGACAGAUGGAGAAAGAUGAAACCGUGAGCGACUGCUCCCCGCACAUAGCCAACAUCGGGCGCCUGGUCGAGGACAUGGAAAAUAAAAUCAGAAGUACGCUGAACGAGAUCUACUUUGGAAAAACAAAGGACAUCGUUAAUGGGCUAAGGUCUGUGCAGACUUUUGCAGACAAAUCAAAACAAGAAGCUCUUAAGAACGACCUGGUGGAGGCUUUGAAGAGAAAGCAGCAGUGUUAAGCCUCUUCUUCCCACUAACCGGACACGCCGCCGUGCGCUCAUUAGAUUCCUUUCUUAGAAACUCGUUUUCUGCUCCCUCCCUCGUCCCUUCCCUCCCCCCCAGGUCACACAACUUGCAUCACCACUGCACAGCGCCAUCUCUCCCUGAGAAUAAACCCUAUAAACACCCUUCUUGUCUCUGAGGCCUACUUCCCACCACAUUUUGCUAUCAAAACUCGGUAUUUCCAUAGAAACCAUGUUUUCUGUUUGCCCCGGGCCCCCCCACCCCCGUCUCUCCACCACCACCCAUUUAUAGGCAUAAAAUACACUGUCUGUCUGCCUCCCUUCCCUUCCACCCUUUUGUUACAUUGGUGUAAAAAAUGUAAAACAAAAAAAUUUUAUGAAAUAACUGUGGUGUGUGAAAGAUAGAAGAAAAACUGGAAAUCUGAUUCCACGUGUGUUUGGGAGUUGCUUGGGGUUGGGGGUUGGCGGGGACAGGGGACAGCUCUGGGAGAAAGGAGAGGUGGCCCUCAGCGUCGUCCCGCAAGCCUGGCCCCUGUCCCGCGGAGACCACACGGUGGGGGGGCGGGGACCUGCGGACCGUCCUGCUCUUCUGGCCAGGUGCUUUUCUGUCAAUUUUUAUGGAAUGCAAAAGGAGUUUUUGUUUUAUUUUGUUUUUUUGUAAAGCUUAAAAAAAAUCUACAUCUUAUACUUGAGCUUCCAUACUUAAAAAAAAAAAAGGAAAAAAAAGAACAAAAAAAUAAAUAAAAAGAAACUGGGAUGCA